AUGGAGGCGACCGGCGCGGCCCUCCUCUGGCAGAAGCUCGGCGACGGCUUUGUCACUGCGGGGGAGCUGCGGGCGGCGCUGGGCGGGCGGCUCUGCCUCAGGAGUACCUGCUUCGCGCACGCCGCCGGUGACGGUGGGGCAGACGUGUGGGGUCCGUGGGCAGGGGCAGAGCGGCCGGCGAGACCCGUGCGAGAGCAUCGGAGGGUGAUGCGUGCGCCAGGCGCGCUGGCUCUCCUCUUUUAUUUUUAUGUCGUGGCCCGACCGGCCCACGCGCACGUCCUGGCCUCUACCGCCGCUUUCGGCGGCGCAAUUUGCGCCUUCAUCGCUCUCUGGAUCCUCCUGGCACCCAUCGGACUCUUCCCGACGGCACGCUCUUCGGCAAAAAGUCGCCGCCGGCCGUUCACGCCGAGCCAGCCAGUUGCCGGCUCGCACGGCAGCCUCUUCCUCUCGACCAGCCUCAACUUCGACACGGCCAGGCUGCAGCGGGGCACUACCAUCGUGCUACGCUGUUGCAGCCUGACCUUUCCCACUGCUCUCGCGCUGGCACACUUCGGCCUUCCGCUGCUCGCGUUCGGCGAGCUCUUCUCCGCACUCCUGCCACGGCAGUUUGCCGGCACAGUCGAGCUGGAGUAUCCGCUUCUUGAUGCUUCUGCGGUCAAGCUCGACCUUAUGAUGCCUGAGGCCACCCCAAGCACUCCCUAA